UUUAAUGAAACACCCGAAUACUCUAAGCGGGAACGCAGGAGCCGACGGACCGUCCUGUUUGCGCGAGAAUGGCGCCCAGCGACCUGUCGGAGUGGAUGGAAACAUAGUUUUAUUGGCAUAGGAAGGCUGCGUGCUUCACCACUUCUAUUUGGACAAGAGGCGCAAGGUCGAACCGGGCACCCCUUAAAGCUCCAGGACUCUGGGCAAGAUACCGGUAUUUCAAGAGACAUUGCUGAACUGCCAUGGAAGGCCAGAGACGGCCCAAGACGAUCCGCGGACGAGGACCUGCGCGACCAUCUCACCUCGGGCCCCUGAUUCCCGCGUACGCAAAUACAGAAGAGGAACUUCGUCAUCAGCCAUUCAGGACCAUGUCACAGCGGAACUCACGUCCACUUAAUUUGUAUUCAUGCGUGCCGCGAGUGCAAACUCGACCGGGGAAGCAGUCGUAUGGAAAUUUCCAGGGCGCCGUUCGUCAUCCGCCAUCCUGCGUGGAAACCCAUUAUGCUAGUUCGGCAUGCCGACGAGACGAACAAGUCAUUCAUCAACCAAACACACCUUACAGGGCUCAAUAUGAACACUUGUAUCGUUCCUUUAAAGCAAGGCAGGAAAGAGAGCAUUUCCAACAGCCAUGUGCUCCUUACGGGAGCGUGCGUGCCGGACCUUACGCCUUGGCACCGGAGCAACUUGGACACUGGCAGGAAGAACAGUUGUUUCGUCAACACCCCAGUGGACCGUAUACAGAAACCACAUGUGCGCGGCAAGGCGCCUUAUAUCCGAGUGGCGUCUAUUCCUACCGAGAACCACCUUUGGAUGCAAUGAUGAGACAGAGAAACGUGGAGGAGCUAUGGCCUGGGUGGGCACCAAGCGCUGACAAUCAGCAGCUGUGGCUUAGAACGCCAGUCACCGAGUCAGGAACAAGAGUGGACCAAAGAGCUUUGCCGCUUAUCAGUGAAAUGGCAUGUGCAAACUACCAACCGCCAGUGAGCCAGACAGCGUCAAUAGCUGUAAGUCCGCUGAAACUGGAAGAGUUGCCUCUGGAACUGCAGGAGGAGCUGGCAUCAUUCGAGCAAUUAUGGGUGUCACUUACCGACGCGUGGUUUGGCAUUCUGCAAGAGCCGACUUAUAGCUUGGGUGCUUGGCCGACGUUAAAUCAGGUGAUUAAAAAGUUGAUGCAGUCAGUGGUCGCAGAUUACAGGGACGAGCAGGCUAACUUCUCACAGGAUACGACCAUCUGGCAGACACCAUAUUCUGUCACGCGUAGCCAAGAAUGGGAAGAAUCGGAUAGCGAUACUCAACUGCUGAACCCGGAGAUGCCGCAGUCGUCAGCGAGCCUCAGUGGCUGGCAAAAGGAAUGCUUUCCUACAAAUCUCCCUUCUCGCGGCGAACACUGCGCGUUCAGCCCUCCUGAACAAGAGUGGACCAAAGUGCUUAGCCGCUUAUCAGUGAGAGAGAAUAUCCCAGAAAUUCAAAAAUAUACUGGAUCCUCCGGCAAGAAACCAUCAAUGGCAGUUGACUUGGAUCAAACAUUGCAGGGAAAGAGCACUGAACUUGCGUCAGCCAACUUUGGAAAAGUAGAGGUCAACGUGAUGGAGUCAAGAAAUCCAGCUAUCACGACACAAAGAGAUGCGCAACAGUCUCACAAUCCACUGGUCGAAUGUGAGAUGCCCCUCUUGGAUAUCACAUUUGAGACACAUUCUGACAAUCCUUCGCCAGCUUUGGCGCAAGAAGCAUCAAUGACAAAGCCACAAAACCGAGAAAGAUCGGGACAGGGGACCAAGCGGCCUCUACGAAAGAAUCGUCUAAAGAAAGCAGCCUCUCUGGCGCCUGGGUAACCAAGCUGCACGGCACGCAACUUCCUCGUUUUCUGGGAAAGGCUCUUCAGGCACUCGUUGGACUGUAGCAUGUAUAUAUGCGAAACCUUCUUUCAAAUGACUUCGCCACGUUGCUAUACCUCGUAAAGAAAUCCUGUGCCCUUGCGUCGACAACUCACGACGAAGAAUGAAUUGUCUGGCAUGGAAAUCACCGAAAUCACAGCAACUUGAAUAUAAGGAUUUGGCCGCAGGAGCUAUGAAGACACGUGGUUAACACGACUGUCCGCUAAAGGUCAUGUCUAUGUGCUGGCCGAAGCAAGUGAUCUCUAGCCGUCUUUUACCUCAAUGACAUUUUUAAUCGUCAUGACGAAUAAAGGGUCUGAUCAUUUCACUUGUU